CAGUAUAUUAAUCUGUUAUAAACCUGAAAUAUCGUAACAGAUAAGAAAACCCUUGUUGAGUUUGAAAUCAGAUUGAAGUAAAGUUUUUCUACUGUGUAAUGCGAGAAGUUGAACCAACUUCCAUUAGGAUUGAUCCCUGUAGACGGUUCCGCAGCUAUGUGUCAGACUUCAGGACGGUUCCGCAGCUAUGUGUCAGACUUCAGGACGGUUCCGCAGCUGUGGGAUUGUACGGAAGUACAUGUAUCAAGGGUUACAUAACAACCUUUCACUUAUAAACUUAGGAAAAUGAUGUAGUCUAGCAAAUUGGAUUUCGUUCGUUCUGCCAGGACGUUGUGCGCACAGGCUAGCAUGCCACUGAUCAUCCCAGUGCUUGUAUUUCUGGGGAAUUAUUGGUGAUCCACCAUUUCACAGAUUACCAGCGUAAUUUGGAGCAAUUGCUGCGAAGACGUAGUCCAUGAAGAGAUUACAGGUUCCCCGGCAACAGGCGGAUACUGAAGCAGUGUACAGUUGAUUGGGCUGGCUGUCAUUGACGGAUGAGGCGGAAUCUGGGGCGAUGGCUGGGGUGGCAAUCAACCUCCAAACUGGUCCGUGUGUAUAUUAUGGCAGAAAGCACUGAGAUAGAGAUGGUCUGUCUACGAUCCAAUCUUCUAGCAGAUAGAUGGAAAAGUCACUUUGAAAGAUAUGAUGAGCAGAGGAAAGGUGAAAUCAAGAUGGCUGACUUCCUGCGGAUUUUGGAGGAGCCGGAGUUCCAGGAAGAAGUGGAUCCGCACAAAAUGGAGAUCUUCAGGUUGAAGACCACAGAAAACAUGAUGAGCACUAUCUCUUACCAGGAAUUUAUCAACAUUAUGAGUGGCAAGCGGAACCAGAGCUUCAAGCAGGCAGUGGAGCAGCGUGAGACUGAGGGGUGGCGAGAUGACUAUGUCCGCACCACGACCACUGGCAGGCGACAGACAGUCUUCCAGAGGAUGGUGAGGUGGGUGGCUAAGCAGUACCUGACCGAUGAUGCAGAGAGGCAGUAUUACGCUGAUCGCUAUACCUGCUGGCCCCCACCUCUCUUCAUCCCACUCAUCUCUGUCUUAGAGAUUGGUUGCUUUGUGUACUACUGCCUGGAAAAUGGAGACCUGACAGCUAAUGGGCCGGUGCCCGUGGAAAGCUUGUUCAUUUAUCGUCCAGAUCGUCGUAUUGAAGUGUGGAGAUUCCUCUUCUAUAUCUUCAUACAUGCUGGAUGGGUCCACUUGUUCUUCAAUCUGCUGGUUCAGAUUUUGGUGGGAUUACCUUUAGAGAUGAUCCAUGGGUCUGUCAGAGUGGGUACCAUCUACCUGGCAGGAGUGUUAGCAGGCUCUCUCGGCACAUCAGUGUUUGACAUGGAGGCAUUACUGGUGGGGGCAUCUGGGGGUGUCUACGCUCUUUUGGCAGCCCACCUGGCAAAUAUACUGCUAAAUUUUGCAGAAAUGGAGCUGGGUGUUAUAAAAUUGGCAGGUGUUUUCAUAGUUGCCAGUGCAGACGUUGGGUUUGCUAUCUGGGACCGCUACUCCAGCGAGGAUGACACCCCGCCCAUUGGCUACACUGCUCACCUCAUGGGCGCACUAGCCGGCCUUACUAUAGGAUUGGUUGUGUUAAAAAAUUUCGAACAAAGGCUCCAUGAACAGUAUAUGUGGUGGAUUGCCUUGGCUCUUUAUAUGGGCUGCACUGGAUUUGCAAUAUUCUGGAAUAUUUUUUACUACUGAUGGUGGCCUAGUACUUAGUGUUUGAUUUCAUGUCUGGCUUGGCCCAGUGCUAGGAGGAGCAUUUGGAAGCAGGGCUCACAGUGACUCAGAGAAGAUUGGGGAUACACAACACCAUUCCCCUCUGUCACAAAAUGGACAGUGAAAACAGAAGAAGAGAAAGACUGAACAAACACAAAUGAAGGCACAAGCAGUGUGGAGUGACAUGACUGCAGUCACUCUUGUGGAUUCACCAAUGGUUCCAGCUCCAAGGUCAGGCAUUUCACAGCAAGCAGUACCUGUUUAGAACAGACAUUUAGCAGAGUGGAUACCUGUUUGGUAGUGACAGGACAGGUGGAGUAUAUCACUGAACAAGACAUUAUACAGAUGAAAUACCAGCUUUGGUAGGACUAUUCAACAGGAAGAUCACCAUAACAGUUAAGGCGAUUGUCUUUACAUCUAAGACUGGUUUGUGUGGAACUGUCUUUUUUUUUCUUUUACACAAUCUCUGGAUUUGAGAGACCUUGAAUGUGGCGCCAGGAAAUCGUAUGAUAACUGCUAGAUUGGUGAGAGUGACAAAGCAUUGUGGGAUACCAACUGGUAUCUUUGACUAGGCUGCAUAAAUGUGAAACAGUCAGCUGUUUGCACAUAUUUCUGUCCCAAACUUUGUAUUUGGAUAGUUUCAGCAUUCUAAUAUUGGUAUGUGAUGAGAAUACUGCUGAUUCAAUACUACAAUGUGAUUGCCCAUGCACAUUCUUUGUUGUGGGCAUUUUCUUUCACAUGUAGUUCAGGACAGAUGAAACAGAUUUUCCUGAUGAGGUUGUCAGUUUUUUUCUGACCAGAGGCAGUCAGCAAUCCCAAGACCAGAGGUGGUUAGUGUUUCCUGGAACAGAGAUCUCCACCAUUUCCAGGACCCGAGGUGGUCAGCAUUUCCUGAAACUGAGAUCACCAUUUCCAGGAUCAGAGGUGGUUAGUGUUUCCUGGAACAGAGAUCUCCACCAUUCCAGGACCCGGGGUGAUCAGCAUUUCCUGAAACUGAGAUCACCAUUUCCAGGACCAGAGGUGGUUAGUGUUUCCUGGAACAGAGAUCUCCACCAUUUCCGAAACACAGAGAUGGUCUACCUUUCCAGGAACAGAGAUGGCCUCCCUUUCCAGGAACAGAGAUGGUCUCCUUUUCCAGGAACUGAGAUGGUCUCCCUUUCCAGGAACAGAUAGGGUCUACCAUGCCAGGAACAGAGAUGGUCUCCUUUUCCAGGACUAGUUCCGGGACAUGUCCAGUUUUUAUUGCCAAGUUUACAUGUAGUAUAUUGUUUGCCAGUCUUUGGACAAUUUUUUAAAUGCAUUUGUACAGGAGAGAAUUGCCUCGCGUUUACCCUGUGUAAGGUGCUGAGGGCUGUUUGUAAACAUAAUGAUCUAUUCAGUGGAUGCUUCAUGAUCAUACUAAUGUAUUACCAUCAGUCCAUUUUUGUAAGGAGUUGGAAGAACAUUGAUCGUUCAAACAAGUUUACUUAAUUCCUCCUUUCUCAAAGUCGUUACAUAGUUAUUUCUAUCUGUUGUACAUCAAUCACAGUCUCUUCAAUUUGUAAAUUUUUAACAUGUUUUUAUUGUUGAAUGGAAUUAUUACACAUGGCUAUUAAAUCCACUAUAUUGAUGGUACAAGUUAGUUUCUUUGUGAGUGACUUGGUUUAGCUUUUGCAACAACUGUCAGGGGCAGUUACACAUAGGAUGGCUUACUUUAAGCUGAAGCUGUGAGCACUCUUUUGACCAUCAGGUGGUGUGAAACAGUGGAGUUCUUGACAGUGAAGUCUAUAAAGUUGAAAACACAGCAGCUAUGAUAUGGAUCUGUGUAGUGUGAGUGCCUAUAGGUCUCUUGAUAGGCUGUAUAGACCUAAUUCUUCUCAUUUUUGGGACAUCUGAUCUGCCCUUUUUGGGCAAUAGACAUUUUAUCAGGAAUUCUUUUUGUCGCAUGGUUUGUUCAUCUAAUGAACAACAUAUUCCUACCUUUAAUUUCAGCACUACUAAUAUCUGUCUUCAAACUGGAGGCAUUAGGGUAGUCUGAUCACAAGUGAUCUCAGGUGGACUGCUGUGGCCGGUGCAGACUGCAUGUACUUGUAGCUAACAGAAACAAAGACAGUAGUUCACAUACACCUUGUCACCAGGACAUUUCAGCCCACUCUAAACCAGAUCUAUCCACGCUACAACCAUCUAGAUCCAUUUGCUAUAGACUUGACCUAUGGUA